AUGUCCCGUCAAACGUGCAAAGUCAGUGAGCAAUUCAAGCCUUCCGGCGUGUGCCUCAUCUGCCUGAUGGCCAUAAUUUUUGUAUUUUCCAUCACUGCCUUCGCCUUCACACAAGUGCUGGAGGACGUAAGUAGCGCUAGUGCUGUACGCCUUGCAGAGGAAGCUGACAAUGAGGUGGAUGCUAAGGUGGUGCAAAUAAUUAUGAACGAUGACGCAAAGUCCGUAAACGAAGAUACGGCGAAGAAGUUUCUGCUCGUAAAUGUGGAACACCAAAAUGAUACAGAAAAGCUGUUAACAAAAGCAAUACAACAGCAACUGUUGUAUCGAAACAAACGCGACGAUGUGAGCAAUAUUGAAGACAAUCAAAGUAGCAACAAUCACACAACCGCUAAUCGAGGCUAUUACGAAGAACAAAGACCAGUCGUAGUGCACGCGGAAAGUCUGCCCACGUUCGGACGUCGUCAAGAUGAUUUUGGCGCACCGCCAAAUGCUUUUCGGGAUCCCUACUAUGAACAACCUGUUGCGGAGUAUGAAGAGGAAGAGCCGGUACAGAACCCAUCGGCAGGUGGUGGUGAAGUAGGUGUUGAGCGAUAUCCUUAUGAACAGAGGCGACCAGCUGCUUACUACGAUGAUGAUGAUGAUGAUGAAAGUACUGGAGGCGAUAUUGCAAAUGUGGAUGAAGGACGUGCUGCACAAAAUUCCGGUUAUGACUCUUAUUACAGGCAGUGGCAAUAUGCGACACCAGCGCCAGCGGCAAUGCAGCGACCAAAUGGUGGCUGGGAGGUUGGCGAUAAUCGAAAAUUACAGAACGGCGAACGAGAUCCCUACGCUGCUUACGAUACUGAUGGCCCACUGGAUGAUUACGAGUAUCCUGGUGCGCUAACACCACUACAAAAGCAACAAUAUCAACAGCAACUGCAGCAACGGCAACAACUUCAACAGCCCCAACAGCGCCAAAACCGCCCACAACAGACCACAACACAACACCAGCAGCAGGCGGUCCGAGGGGACGACACGCCGAACCAGCCAGCAACCACCAACGCUCCCACCGAGAAUGCGCUGUUGUCUACGCUGAAAACCCUCAAAACCAUGUGGGACAUUUACCAGGCAUUCGCUGCAGCCUGGGAUGUGCUCGCGACACAUGGACAAAAACAGCAGCAACAACAACAAGAGGCAGCAAAACGUCGUCAACAGCAAAUCGUGCAACAAAUGCGUAUCAAUUCGAAAAAGCCGCCUAAAUUCGAGACAAACGACAAGUAUACACAAAGGAACAGCAGCACAAUCGCUGAUAAUGGCGGAGCGGAGGCUGUUGGGACCACAACUGUGGGAAAACGAGUUAAAUCCAAUAGCAAAGCAACUAAAAAUCCUAGAACGACAACAACAAAGCGAACUACUUCGACAGAAGAUUCGGUAGUGAGCAGUGAAGCGAAAGAGGCGGUGGCCAGCAAUAGCGGCAGCACAGCCAAACAAACUGUGGGCACAAAGGGGGAUGCGAUAGCGCGCGAAAAUGCUCAGGGUACGCGUGAGAAGCGCCAAAUGUCUGACACAGCCGAUGCGGCCAAAUCGACAGAUGUGGGCGAAGGGAGAUACAUCAAAGGUGAUCCAUUGAAGGGUUACUAUGAUUUUGUCAUCACCGAGGGCUCUUACAAAUUUUGGGCUGUUUUUCAGGUCGGCACUGCACUGCUGAUCAUUUACUCAACUUUCGCCGCCAUUUACUACUCGAAAGUAAAUCCAUUGGUGUCCGAUUACGAUUACACCGACUAUUUGGGCGGUGGGCGUUCACUGAGCGGUGGCGACGAUGACUUCAUCGACGAUGACAACGAGAGCGACAGCGAUGGCAAGCAGCGGCGACGCAGCUGGCUCGAUGGCAUGUUGCCACGUGCUGGACCUACCAUGAAAUAUAUACUCGAUUCGCUCGAUAAACUGCCGGUGGACCAUCGCGAAGCGGAUGAGGCAAUGAAAGGAGAGCGUUUAAGGUUAGUGGCGGCGACAGCCACCCCAGCGGAUCCACAAGAGCAGCUGGUAGCAGACUCAGCAGGAGUGGCGCAUGAAAGUGACGAUACCACAGCAAUAGCAGGGGAAAGUGAUGCGAAUGAAGAGCGGGAAGCCACGUUGGAUUUAACGCAGCAGCGACAAGUGCAGGCGUAUGCUGCUUAACGUCAAUGAGUGGCUACAAUAAAAGUUUCGCUGCACAUUUCGGGCUGCAAGUAUGACGCACACACACACACACGCAUGCACACACCCACAUGCGCUGAAAUCGCCGUCAUAAAUUCUCACGCAAUUAAUUACAAUAGUUUCGUGUUUCGUUUAUUUCUUUAGUGCGGAUUUUUGUUUGUUUGCAUUCUUCCACCUAGCGGACAAUUUUAUUGCUUCACUUUCUGCUUUCAUUGCUCUCCGCACAUUAAUUUUAUUUAUUUGUAUUCGAGCGAUACACUUUUGCAUUCAUUUUCAGUAUUUUCUUUAUUGCAUUGAUCAAUUGUUAUUUGCAGUUUUUUGUUUUCUUCCGUUCUUUUGCUCUCAGUUUUUAUUUUAUUUUUUGUUUUCGGCGCACAUUUGUAUUGAUUUAUGGCGGAGAAUUUAUGGCAGCAGUGCCACGUAUGCGGACAUGAGAAUGAAACUGCCAUUGCAAGCGUAGAAAAUCGUUAACUAUGUGGCCACAUCUCGGCACAUCUGCUAUGUGGCCCUUUGUAGUGCUUCAGAAUUGCGGUUUAAUUUCACUAAAAGACAUUUGAUGCAGAGAAAAAAUGUGGGCAUUAAAGGCUCCUUUAAUUAAGCAAAUUAAAAAUCCAUUAUUCAAC